AUGGAAGAAUUAGUUGAGUUGUGGUUGCUUGCUGGUUCCUCUGUUUCUCAUCGCUGGCUAUUGUUUGUUUAUUUGGGGAGUUUUGAAGAACUUUUGAAUAUAGUUGGGGAAAUGAUCGAUCAGUUCAAAGUUGCUGCUUCUAGUUCAUUAUCUGACAAAUUGGUUUUGGUUUCAGUUGAGGAAUUCUCUGAAGUGGCAUGUCUUGGCUAUGCAUGUUGGCUGAAUAUUUGUGGAAGAAUAGGAACAAAAGUAUUGUCACCAAAUACAUAUUAUGUUGCUUAUUUGGUGUUCAAAUUGGUAGAUAUGUACCAUGGAUUUGAGCCUAAUAAUUACACUAUUAUGUUAGUUAAUUAUCAAAGAGAAAUUGCCACUAAAGAACAAAUCAACACUGUGAGACAAAUCAACACUAUGAGAAUUGCAACAUUUCCCAAACUGAGACGAGAUGGAUGGAUGGAAAUAGAAUUGGGAAAUUUUAAUAGCAAGGAAAGUAGUGAUGGUCCUGUUGUAGAAAGAUUAAUUAAGAUUCAACGUUUUGAUUACAAACCAAGUGGCCUCAUCGUUGAAGGAAUUGAGUUUCGUCCUAAAACAAUCGAAUAA